AUGACUACCCACACUGUCAAGGUCUCCAACCUCGCCGCGACCACCUCCAAGGAGACCCUCGAGCACUUCUUCUCCUUCUGCGGCAAGAUCGCGAGCAUCGAGGGACCGUCGAAUGGAUCCGCCGAGGUCAACUUUGUCAAGGAAUCGGCCGCCAAGACCGCCCUCAUGUUGACCGGCGGAACGCUCGACGGCUCGGUCAUCGAGGUCAAGUCGGACGAGGUCGAGGCGCCCAAGGCUGCGCAUGCUCAGCCGCCCAUUGCCGCAGCUGGCACGUCUGACUCGCACGAUGAGAUUGAGCAGGAGGACAAGCCUCGCUCGGCUAUCGUCGCCGAAUACCUCGCGCACGGCUACGUCCUGAGCGACCAGGCUGUCAACCGCGCCAUCGAGGCGGACAAGAGCUACGGCAUCACCGAGCGCUUCCUUCGCUUCUUCAACCCGCUCAAGGACCGCGUCACGACCGCCGCCUCCCCUCACGUCGAGCGCGCGCAGCAAAAAUUCGCCGAAGUCGACCAGAAGCAGGGUCUCUCGCUCAAGGCUCAGGCGGGAUGGAUCGUCGGGAGGAAGUACUACUCCGCUGCGCUCGCCUCGCCUUUCGGAGCCAAGGUGCACCAGUUCUACACGAGCGCGCAGAAGAACGCGCUCGAUAUCCACGAGGAGGCGAAGCGCAUCGCCGAGGCCAAGAAGAGGGAGGCGGGCGGAGCGACCGGCGCGUCGACUGUCCCGACGACUGGAACGGCGACCUCGACGACUUUGCCGCACGACGCGCCCCUCCCUUCGCAGGGAACGGUCGAGGGAACGGAGGCGAGCGGCGCGGCGUUGAACAAGCCGCUUGAAUCGUCUGCUGCGCCGCUCAAGGGCUGA